UUUUGCAAAAUGGCGGACGAAAGCGACGAAAUAGGAAAGUCAAAUCGGUCUAAGCAAGCUCAUGGAAAAGACAUUGAUAGCGAAAAGAAACUUGUUGCUUCAACGAAGAAAGGCGAUUACAAUGAAGUUGAAUCACUUCUGAAUCUUGGUGUUUCUGUUGACGCAACGGAAUACAAUCGGCAGUUGUUCUAUCAAAGCGAAAAUUACAUGACACCACUUCAUUUGUCAGUAGUUCAUGGCUUUACAGACAUAGCUAAACUUCUCAUAUCACGAGGAGCGGAUGUAAAUGAAAGUGAUCGCUUUGACGUAUCCCCAUUGCACACUGCUGCAGAGCUGGGCAACACAGACUGUCUGGUUUUGUUGUUAGAAGGCGGGGCAGAUUGCAACAUCAGCACUAAAUACUCAAAACAUGGAUCUUACACAGCUGUGCCCCACCCAGGUGGCACAACGCCUCUGCACCUCAGCGCCAGCAACAACCAUGUGGAUUGUCUGCGCCAUCUCAUCUGGCACGGUGCAGACUACAACGCGGUGGACGACCGAGGCUGCACCAGUCUCUACCUCGCAGCGGAGAAGGGUCUUAGCGAGUGCAUCCAUGUGCAUCUUGAUAAUGCACUGUGGAAGGAUAUUCUGUCAUUACCGGAGAAGUAUAAAGGAGACACCCCACUGCACCAGUGUGUUAAGCAAAACAUGCUGGACUGUGUUGUUAAGUUGCUGAGGAGGGGCUCUGACGUGAAUCAUCGCAACUGUGCAGGGUACUCUCCCUUACAUCUGGCCGUUAUGACCGGGGAGAACUACAACAUUGAAAUCGUGAAGGCCCUGUUGACAUAUGGGUACAAUACUGACGUGAAUCUUCUUGAUAACAAUUUUUACUCGCCCCUCCACUAUGCCUGCUUCAAUGAUGCCAUGUCGCAGGCCAGGCGCCCAGAACUUGCCGCCCUCCUUUUAGCCUACGGCGCUGACUUCAACAUCAAGAACAAACGCGGCGACAAAGUACUCAUCAGUGAACUGGAGGGCAGACACAGAGACUGUACCAUACUGAGUGCUAUAGCACGGUGCACAGUGUAUCUUCCAACUUUUGAGGCUCUUGGUUUGAAUAUCGUGAACCCUACGCCAUUUCUGAUGCAAGGGGCUGGGUAUCAGGGUGGUGUGGGCUUUGGAAUUGGUGCUAAUGUACCGCAUGAGGAUUUUCAGGACUUGAGACAGCAGCAUGUGGUUUUAGCCAGACAAUGGUCUGAGAACCAACAGGCUAAGAUAAGUUGGUAUCGGGACAUGGUUCGUGGUCCAAGAAUGCUUCAGCAUUAUUGUCGGUGUGUAAUUAGGGCUAAAAUGGGUCCACGAAGACUUAUGAAUAUUCCUCAGUUGCCCCUCCCUACCACAAUGAAGGAAUACCUUUUAUUACAAAACGGUUGAUGGGGUUUUAUUUAGAAUACAUAGUGGUUUUUGUGUGGAAAAACGUGGUUCUAGUCCUGGUAAUUAGAGCAAGAUAGUGCUUCUUGUGGAUGAACUCGAUCCAACUGAAGAGUGCUGAAUGGGGAUUUGGCUCCAGAUCUAUUGUCGCAUUUUAGCCAUUCUAGUACCUAUCAGCAUUAUAAUAGUACAAUGGAUUCUAAUAUUUAGCAACUACCGAGCGGUUAUGAAAAUUAGCAGAUAAAUGGUAUAUAGCUAUCAACUCCAAAUUCUUACAUUAUAACUUGAGACCCAGAAAAUGUGCAAAACUGGGUAUAUGGAACUAAUCAGGGUGCGUUACCAGUUAUUUUCAGGGCUAAAAUUUGGCUUGAUUCCUAAUAGUAAAGAUAGUAAAUAUUAUUUUCCCAAAUCAACAACAAAAAUAUCUCUGAAAAAAGUAUGACCCAAAAUAAUAAUUUGGAAAUAUAACAUUUUUGUUAAUUUUAGUUCAAGAAAUGUUUAAAUGCUGUAGGAACAUUACCUGAGAUUAUUUUUAAUAAUGACAUGUACUGAAAGCAACUAGGUAUUCAUUAUUAUUCAACGCCAAAAGCAAGGGGAUAUAGUUUGGGCGUUGUCUGUCUGUCACAAACUUUUUAGUUACGGUGGCGGAUAUCAAUUCAACAAAUUUGCUAUUUCUUAGUAAAUUACAAAUAUGUUUGUAUCCCUCCAUCAAGUUAUUCUGCUGUUCAAUUUCGCCAUGGAAGGGCCCCAACCUCAUUCCCCCAGGAGUGAAAAUAUAUCCUGCCAAGAAUCUCAGCAGGUCUGGUUCAAAAUCUCUGUGCAGACCAUAAAUUGUGUUAAUUUUAAUCACUGUACUUUAUAUAGUACAUUUUUCGCAUUUGUUUACUAAUUCUUAAGAGUUAUGUGUCUUUUCUUAUGACCAAUUGUUUAAACAAAUGUCAGGUAAAGCCUCUAUUUAAGUAACUUUGCAUUUAGGAAAAUUUUAAACCAAAGUAUGAAUGAUGUGUCAUACAUGCACACAUGAAUUUGUGUGCAAUACAUAUUAAACCCUGAAUAAUUUUUUAACUUACAUUAAUUAGCAAAUUUAACGGUCUGGGUUACACUUUGUCGAUUUUCAAACAUAGUAAAAAUAGUGGGUGGUUAUAAAAAAUUUAGUUGUAUUCUUAUUUGCAUUAAGUAUUUAAUUGUACGUUGGAUGAAAGAGUGUCAUCUAUCGAAUAAGAAUGUCACUGAGUAGUGAUUGUUUAGCUCUCAUGAGCAAAAAGUGCUGAUGUUUAGCUGAUGUUGUUCAGUCUUUGUGGGACGCAGCGUGUUGUGCGUCAUGAGGUUGCAACUUUUAUCGUGCUACAGCUCUAGAGGCCACAUUGUUCCAAAUCUUUGUGAAACUUUGUGAGAAUGUUGAUCUUUGCAAUAUUUAGGCCAAGUUUUAAUGUUUAUUUCCAAAAACUAAGUCACCAUUUUAAUCUUAGAAAAACCUUGUUGCCACUGUAGAAGCCAAAUGUAUAACACAAUAAUGAUUACCUUGACAAUAUCUAAUCCAAUUUUGAAUGUAGGUCAGGUGACUCCACAAUCUAAAUCAUCAGGGCAAACCUUGACAAAACAUCUUUCCACUGUUGAACUAACAUUAAUGACUCAAUCUUGAUUAAACUUGGUGAGAAUGUUGAAAUUGUUACCACUCUAGAGGCCACACUUAUCACUCAGUCUGGAUGAAACUUGAUCAGAAUGGUAAUCAUGGCUUUUAUGUUAGUUUGAAUUUUGUUCACGUGCAUUCAAAAACCAGGUCAAAUCAUUGAAAACCACAUAACAAUAAUAGAAGCACCACAUUGUACUCAAUCUUAAUAGAACAUUAUUAAAAAAAUACACAUGAAAAUGUCACGGCCAAGUGUGGUAAAAAAGCUAUUACACUAGAAUCUUCAAUCUUAGGUGUUACUUUAACUCGGGCGAUCACUACAUAGUAAUCAUGGACCUCAUGGAAUCAUGUUUACACACCACUUCACGAAAGGAAAUCUACACAUGUUGUUGCCUUUACUACGACCUGUUGUUUUGCGUUUACAUACCAACACACAAAAGGAAAUCUACAGAUUGUGUUUCCUGCCCUAAUGAUUUGAAACACAUAUUUUUAUUGCAAUAAUCGGAGAUAAUUACUCCCUAAAUGCAUACAAGUGUGAGCGAGAUAUAAACAUUUGUUCAAAAUGUUACCAGUAUUCAAAGACAAUCUUGUCAGGUUGUUAAGUGCCAUGUUCGUUUUGAAAAUCAUAUUUCUUAUUAGGUCAGUGGGUCCAAUAUGAAUGGUACUGUGCAAUUAGUUGUUAUUAUCUGCCAAGUAUGUUGGAUCGUUCUCAAUUAUCGUUUUUGACAUGGCAUUUAUGAUAUAGCAAUUUCACUUUUACAGGUAGUUACAAACCACUGUUCAUGGCAAAUUUUACGAACAUUUUUUGGUGAUCAAAUCACUUGAAACUGCCAUGCUUACUACUGUUUCAGUAAAGAUUAUGAAGUUUGUUCAUAUAUUUUUGUUUCAUAUUUGACAGAAUAUCUUAACAACUAUUCAAAAGGACUGUUAAAGUGAAAAUAUUCAACUUAUACCAUCACAACAACAUAAUAAUAACUUAAGUUAUCAAUUUAUAUACAUUUAUCAUGAAGUUUUUAUAAUAAAGAGUGAAAAGGAUUAUUUUUAGCUCACCUGAUUGCUCAGGUGAGCUUUUGUGACCAGUCUUUGUCCGUCGUAUGUCCGUCCGUCCGUUAACAUUUGCUAGUAAACACUCUAGAGGCCACAUUUCUUCUCCCAUCUUCAUGAAACUUGGUCAGAAGCUUUGUCCCAAUGAAAUCUCGGCCGAGUUCGAAACUGGGUUGUGCCGGGUUAAAAACUAGGUCACUAGGUAAAAAAAACAAACAACUUUUAAACACUGUAGAAGUCACAUUUCAUGCCCAAUCUUCAUGUAACUUUGUCAAAAUGUCUGUCUUAAUGAUAUCUUGGUUGAGUUCAAAAGUGGUUCCGAUCGGUUGAAAAACAUGGCCGCCAGUGGGCGGGGCAGUGUUCCUUAUUUGGCUAUAGAGAAACCUUGUAAACACUUUAGAAGUCACAAUUUUUGCCCAAUCAUCAUGAAAGUUGGUCAAAACAUUGGUUCAUUUGAUGUCUCGGACGAGUUUGAAAUAGUCCAGAUCGGUGAAAAAACAUGGCCGCCAGUGGGAGGGGCAUUUUUCUCUAUAUGUAUAUAGUGGCAGUUUUCCCUAUUUGGCUAUAGAGAAACCUUGUUAACACUCUAGAAGUCACAAUUUUUGCUCAAUCAUCGUGAAAGUUGGUCAAAACAUUGGUUUUAUUGAUAUCUCGGACGAGUUUGAAAAUGGUCCAGAUGGGUGAAAAUACAUGGUCGCCAGUGGGCGGGGCAUUUUUCUCUAUAUGUAUAUAGUGAAAACAUGUGAACUCAGUAGAAGUCACAUUUUUGGCCCAAUUUUCAUGAAAUUUGCUCAGAAUGUUUAUUUCCUUGAAACGAGAGUUGAGUUCAAAAAUGGUUCCGGUCAGUUGAAUAACAUGGCUGCUGGGAGUGGGGCAGUUUUCUCAUUAUGCCCCCCCUCCCUUUCGAAGAAGAGGGGGUAUAUUGUUUUGCUCAUGUCGGUCCGUCCGUCCACCAGAUGGUUUCAGGAUAAUAACUCAAGAGCGCUUAUGCCAAGGAUCAUGAAACUUCAUAGGUACAUUGAUCAUGAUUCGCAGAUGACUCCUAUUGAUUUUCAGGUCACUAGGUCAAAGGUCAAGGGCAAGAUGACCCGAAAUAGUAAUAUGGUUUCCGGAUGAUAACUCAAGAACACUUAUGCCUAGGAUCAUGAAACUUCAUAGAUACAUUGAACAUGACUCGCAGAUGACCCCUAUUGAUUUUCAGGUCACUAGGUCAAAGGUCAAGGUCAUGGUGACCCAAAGCAGUAAAAUGGUUUCCGGAUGAUAACUCAAGAACGCUUAUGCCUAGGAUCAUGAAACUUCAUAGGUAGAUUAGGUCAUUAAUCAUGACUCACAGAUAACCCCUAUAGAUUUUCAGGUCACUAGGUCAAAGGUCAAGGUCACGAUGACCCGAAAUAGUAAAAUGGUUUCUGGAUAAUAACUCAAGAACGCUUAGGCCUAGGAUCAUGAAACUUCAUAGGUGCAUUGAUCAUAACUCGUAGAUGACCUCUAUUGAUUUUCAGGUCACUAGGUCAAAGGUCAAGGUCACAAUGACCCGAAAUAGUAAAAUGGUUUCUGGAUGAUAACUCAAGAAUGCGUAGGCCUAGAAUCAUGAAACUUCAUAGGUACAUUGAUCAUGACUCGAAGAUGACCCCUUUUGAUUUUCAGGUCACUAGGUCAAAGGUCAAGGUCAUGGUGACCUGAAAUAGUAAAAUGUUUUCCACAUGAUAACUCAAGAACGCUUAUGCCAAGGAUCAUGAAACUUCAUAGGUACAAUAAUCAUGACUCACAGAUGACCCCUAUUGAUUUUCAAGUCACUAGGUCAAAGGUCAAGGUCACGGUGACCUGAAAUAGUAAAAUGGUUUCUGGAUGAUAACUCGAGAACGCUUAUGCCUAGGUUCAUGAAACUUCAUAGGUAUAAUGAUCAUGACUCGCAGAUGACCCCUAUUGAUUAUCAGGUCACUAGGUCAAAUGUCAAGGUCACAGUGCCAAAAAACGUAUUCACACAAUGGCUGUCAAGGUCACAGUGACUCAACUUAGAAAAAUGGUUUCUGGAUGAUAACUCAAGAAUGCUUACACCUAGGAUCAUAAAACUUCAUAGGUACAUUGAUCAAAACUCGCAGAUGAAAUAAUGAUGAAACUUGACCAGGAUGUUUGUCCGGACAAUAUCUAGGUCAAGUUUGACAUUUGGUAAAGAUUGAAUGAACCGACUCCUCUCAGGUGAGCCAACUAGGGCCAUCUUGGCCCUCCCCUUUAUUAACCUGCUAUUUAUUUUAAUAGGAUAGUUAUCUUGGAGUGGUGUAUACAUUUGUUUUAUAAAUUAUCAUUAGUUUUUUCUAUUGUUAAGAAAAAUAAAAUUUGAUGAAAAGGUGCAUUAAAUUGUCAUGUUUAAA